AUGUACGUUCGUGUACCGAGUAUACUCAACUGGCACCCGUUGACGAAUUCUUCUCAGGAGGGCCUCAAGCGAUAUCGCAUACGCAUCUACAUUGCAAUCGGCCUCAUUGCAAUAACAUUCGUCACGCUGAUCUUUACGAUCUACCUUUCAUGUCGACCGUUCAACCACUACUGGCAGAUCAACCCUGAUCCGGGAAAUACUUGCCAAGCAGCCGUCUCGAAGCCGAUUAUCUGGGUCAUGUUCGUAGGGAACGUUUCGACCGAUAUAUAUCUUUUCGUGAUACCCCUGCCUAUGCUGUGGCAGUCGAGUUUGAAGACGUACAAAAAGCUUGCUGCGACUCUUGUGCUCAGCGGCGGUAUCCUCAUCGUUGUCUGUGCGAUCUUGAAGAGUGUCUACGUCCUGGUCGAUCCCGAGCACGGCGGACAGUUAGCAGCCGCAUGGGGCACGCGAGAAACCUUCAUCGCCGUCAUCACAACGAACCUCCCCAUGGUCUUCCCCCUCCUCAAGAUCUGGCUCAAGCCCUGGCUCCCAAGCACCAUGAACUCGAGCAGCAACAGGAAAGCCUACAAGUACAACGCGCACGGAAGUGGCUUCGUGACCAUUGGUGGCGGCGGUGCGAGCGCCUCGAAUCGCAGCCGACCGGGUCCCCAGAGCCGCGACGCUUCGAGGAACAUGACCUUCGACAACGAGAGCGAGGAACACAUUGUCAAGCCCGGCGCUGAGAUCAAGAUGCAGUCUCUACAGACCAGCGGCGGUACGCAGCGAUCGCUGAAUGGGAAGGACAUCGUGGUGCAAACGCACGUCAGUGUCACGACGGAGGAUGCCAAUAGCCAGAAGAGCGGAAAGUCUUUCUAA